AUGAGCGCCAUCAACAACCUUGACGCACUGUUUUCUAAUCUAUCGAAAGGAAGAGUCAACUUGUCGUGUAAUGCGUCCAUGGAAUCAGGAUACGAAGAAAUCGCGUCGCACUGCGACCGUACAGCAGUUUUUCAUGCAUUUGGAGCAUAUUUGUUGCGGGUGAGUGUUCGAACCCGCCUCUGAGUUUAUCACUGUUUACUCAGGGUCACACAUUAUUCACGAUACUCUUCCUGUCCGCAUCUAUUGUGAUCUUCGUCAUAACAGUCACAUAUCAUAUCAAAGUUCGAAGACAACAUGAUAUUAUCCACAAUGAGCUAAGGUAAACACCAUUCUUACGUUUUUCCUUUUCUAACUCUGUACUCAGAACGCAAUCACCACAUCAGAGAAGAGAACGUCUAUUUCAUACAUUAAUAUUAUCCAUUGUCACGUUUUUCUUGUCGGUUAUGGGUCAGACGUACAUUGAGAUCGCUGUUUUCUGGGUGAACGAGCGAGAAGAUAUAGCUCAGUUGUCAAAAUGGUACAGGAAACUUUGAAAAACGGGUCCAAAUGUUCGAUUUCAGGUACCAUGUGGCCAGAAUUCUUGCAUUCAUCGAUCCCGUCAUGAACCCUUUAAUUGUGGUGCUUAGAACUCCGGCUCUCAGGCGCCAACUGCGAUCUCAGUGGACAACGAUACGCUCCAGAGCUUCUUCGCGUACCCGAUCAGCUCAUAGUAACAGGGAUCGAAGGGAAGCUAGUCUUAAGUACGAUUUUCAAUUCUGCGCAAGAUUUUCAUAAGUUUCAUGAAAUCUUCAGACGGAAGCGAUCGAGUGUAAGGCUGAAAAAGGAGACCGAGCUGAUGAUGUCUUUAAUGCCAACCGACAGACCGGUCAGUUACUCAACCAGGUUACUGUACUUGUACCGUUUCGUUCAGAUCACACGUACAUGCUCGUUGCGGAGAAGUCAAGAUUCCCAAACUCAUAAUUCUGUUGUCUAAGUUUUCUGAAAUGUUCGUGUUGGAUUUGCGGGGCUACACUCUUUGAAAUCUCAUCAUAACCUCAUCAGAUCUUCCAUCUUAUUGUUUUAUCAAAUCAACAUUUGUUCCCCUCCUCAUCAUUAUGAAAUCAUCCAUAUCCCUUCACUUUUUCCUCGGAAUUCACGUUCUCAAUCAUCUGUUCCCACAAGAAAAGUAACAAUUUGUGUGAAGGGUGUGAUUUGCAAUUGAAGGUGAAGUGUCACCAAUCUGACAAAUGCGGGUCAAUUCUGUCGAAUCGAGGACAAGAACACAGCGGCGACAAUCCCAGUCAGGCAGCCAGCCAGCCAGAAGUGAAAGAGAGGGAGGGGAUUGGUUCUGGUGGAGAGCGAAGAAGAAAACGAAGGGAAGAAGACCGGCCAAGUCGCUAGUGGGCGCUUUUUGCGCGCGCGCGUCCGACAAAAACGACACGAAAAGCCCCGCCCUUAGCCUGUCAACUUAUCCUUAUCUCAAUCCGGACUUUUCCCCUUCCCCUCUCUUCCCUUCCCUUUUCCCGUUGUGGCUUUCUCAAAAGCGGCUGGCCGAUACUGACCGCCCCACAGCGUCUCUGCCCCACCCCGAAUUUUUCUACAGAUUUUAUUUCACCACCUUCAGCUGUUUCAUCUGUUGUUGGGAGAAAAUGAUCUCGAUCAGCGUGUUCCUGCUAUUGCUACAAGGUGAGUUUUGUCAACUUUCACAUCUUCCCAUUGCUUUCUAACGCAGAAUCUUGCCUAUAAAAUCAGAAGUAUUGCACCGUAAUUGUAAAGAACCUUCCGCAGGACCGUUUAGGUAGAAAACUGAAAUAUCCUCAAGAAAUAGUUCCUACGAGUUAGCUACCGUUGGUUUCACGUCUAUGAAUUCCGCAACUUUUCGCCAGACGGUACAGUAAUCCUUGCCGGAAAAUGUUAAUCCUGACCCAUUUCUCUUCGUUUCACUCGCGGCUGGAAGCCCGUUAUUUAACGGUCAGAUCAAAAUAAUCCCAAUAAAACUCGCAAAUCUAAACUACUUUCGGGAAUUCAAUGGGAAAUUUCGAAUUUGAAUAGCGCUUUCCAAUUUCCAUUAUCGGCGGGAUUGAAAUCUCCGUCCGAAAAAGGUUUCAACUUUCCCCCUCAAAAACAUGGAAAUCCUAUUAAUCCGCACAUUUUAAAGACGAACAAGCGAUGUUUUGAAACCAAUGUAGUUUGGAAUUUAUAACCUCGUAAAACUUUCGCUCAUAUCUAUAUCCGUUCCCAUAAAAUCUGAUUUUGCCGAUCUCUCCCUCUAUUUCUAUCCCGUUGAUGUUUAUAUCCAAUUCGUAACACAUCGACAUUGUAAAAUUCCUUUUCCGAAAAUGUUCUUCAUCCGAAAUUGACUGUAGAAAAAAGAACGAGAAGAAGCGAAUCGGGCAGGGGAAACAUAAUAGUAGUCAACGCACUUUGGCGGCUAUUAAAGAAUUCCUUCUCGCCCCCACUUCUUAGCCAAUCUCGCCUCUCCAUCUCGCUUUUCCCAUACAAAACCGGUCGGCGUGCCAAAACCUGAACAGAAACAGGAAUCAGAAACGAUCCUAAUCUUCUUUUUUGUCUUCCAGGAACCCUAGCAUGCUUUCCAACUUCACAACGGUCCUACCAGUAUGGCGCGCCCACGCAGCAAUUUGCAUCGGUUAGUUUAAGGUUAUAGAAUGGAUCGAAUAGAAUGGAGUGGAGUGGAAUGGUGCAUGAAAAGUGCCGUCAUGUUGGUGUAAUCUAGUGUAUUUAAUGUUUUCUUUUAUGUGGGUGCACGCUACAGUACGUUUAAUUUCACAGGUUGCUUCUUCUGGCUUUCAGUCCCAGUAAAGUAUUCGAUUGAUUCCAAUUCCAAUAAUUGCAUGUGUGUUUUAUGUUUAACAGUGGUUUUUUGUACAGUGCACACCACAAUGCUGCGGUUGUUCUCAGGCUCAACAACCAGUCGCCCCUCAGCCAGUAGCCGCAGUUGCACGAGUAGCCGCCGCCGGAAAGACGCCGACCCAAACGAUUGCCGUGCAAGGAAGUUCAAUUGAAAGUUGGUAUUGAUGUUCCGCUUCUUUUUUCUUACUUUCGGCACUGAUUCUAUGAGAACGAACACGCGCGAAAACUCGUUGAGCGAAAGUGAGAAUAGAAGAGAGAUCGUUUCAAUCGGCGCGAAGAUAAAUUGUCGAAAUGAAAACAGCCGCGAGAAUGACAACAAAGUGAAAACUGUUUGUACAUACAUGAAAGCGACAAAACACAUUCACAUUAUAAAUCCACGGUCAAUUGCACUAUUAUCGUUUCUUUACAGGUCUUCUCGGUCAAAAGGUCUCGCUCACCGAAUUCACCGCCGACGGAUACAACGCCGAGGGCGGAGGACCCGUGAGAUCAGGUUUUGUCAAGCUUUUCCAGUUAUCUUUAUCAUCAAACAGUCAGCGAAACAAUUCAUUUUUUGGGUGGUCUUGUGGUCUUUUUCUUUUCCCUUUCUCUUUUUUCGCUGAUCAAUGCUUCAGCAUGAUACGUGCGCAGACAUAGAUUAAUGCCCCACUGACCUAGGAAACAAGAAAAGGACACAUACAUAGACAUAGAUGUACAUGGGAGGAAAGGAAUGUGGAAAAGCGGAAAACUAAUUGUGUUCGCUUCAGGAAACGCUUUGACAUGCAACUUUGAUGGACGACCAUGCUGUUGGGCCAAUGUUCCACCUCCAGAUGAUCAACUCGACUGGCAGAUCGCUAAUGGAGUUCCCGUUCAACUUCAGAAUAGAGGCGUUCCACAGCCUGGUAAGGAGGACAUGGGAAUGAACUACAGUAACGUACCAUUAGUACUUCUCAAGUGACAAGUUACGUGUAAAGUCUGGAGUCAUGUUGAAAUUAACUUGUAAGGUUUUAACAUUCUUUGACUUUAAAUGUCAAGAAUAGUACUUACAAUUAUGAAACGUUGACUAGUUCAAGACCGUGCUUCCUGAAACCUAGUUAAGCUUCAACAUAUACAGUUAGUUGAACAUCUAACCCCUCCAAUUGGACAAUCUCUUAAUUAUUUUAUCACUUUCAGAAGGAAGCUACCUCAUUGCUUAUGCCAAAUCCGCGGCCCCAUCCGACGAAGCCCAAUUCGCAUCCUGUUCGAUCGGCUGUGCUUCAAGUGACAUUGUCGUCCGCGCCAAACACUGGCAAUCCGAGAGCGUUCUUCUUCAAGUGUGUCUUCGUGAAUCGUUCCCGACAAACGCGGAACGUAAUCCGCUGAUCAAUUGUCAGGAAUUCCCGUAUGUUGAUGGAAUGGGAACCACUGAAGUCAUUUUGCCAAAAACGUCUCUUGUUGAUGUGAGUGCUGCCAGUUGUACCAUAAAUUAUGAAAUACCUGGAAAAAUUAUUCCAGAUCGUGUUCGUUGCUUCCAACUUUAUCGGCGAGCAAGGUGAUGUUGCAAUUCUGGAUGAUAUUGAGGUGUCAUACGACAGAAACGGAAGCGAGUGUCAGAAUGAGUUCGAAGAGGGAGCCGACGAGGAAGAUACCCAAGAAUCCGCAAACAGCGUAGACAAAGAGGACGCUGCUGCUGCUGAACUAGCCGCCAAGAACAAGCGUAGAGAAUUGUUUGAGAAAACUCAGCCAGAAGGACGAGUUGUGUCGGCCUCUGAGAGAUUCGGUUCCAAGGGAUUCAGAGGAGGAGAAAAGGCCUUCGGAGGUGCUGCUGGGUCAAAGUUCGGAGGAACCUUUGAAACGGAAGCCAACGGGAAUGCUGCUGUAGGAACCGCGCACACAGAAGAAACUGUUUUCGCCAGUGUCAAGACGUGAGAAUAUGCUCUCAAACUCUAAAAAUUCGUGUUUUACAGCGCAAAACUGCCUUCCGGACAUGCCAUUGCAAAGGGAGCCAAGACUGCCGACUUUUCCGAGAUUGUUUGCAACGCCACCAAGUGCGAUUUUGAAAGUGAGAAUACUUGUGGAUACAAGGAUGCUCAUACCACUCAAUCUAUUCGUGGUCUGACCACUAAAUUCAAUGUGGUAACCGGACAGUUCAUGAACAGAGUUACUGGAGUCAAGGAGAGCACUGGUAAGAUACUUCUUCUCGAAUAAUUAACUGAUACUAACUUUCCGCUUUGCAGAAGGAGAAUUCUACGCGGCGACGUUCCUUUUCCCACGCGAAAUGGCCGGACUUGAAGCCGCCGUGGAGCCGUUCACCGAACAAUCCCGCAUCAGAUUCCAUUAUUACGAAGGAACUCACGGAGUUCAGCUCAAGGGAUGCUGUUCGACCAUCGAGAAUUGCCCCUUCAGCUCCGACAAAUUUGUCACAGUUGCUGACCGUGCUUGGAAGACUGCCUCUUUCAAAUGCCCCAAGGGAACUGAUAAGGUGUGUUUGUCAGCAGUGCAAAUUGAGAAUUAUGAUGCAAGCCGUUAACAUUUCAACGAAAAAUUUCCGUUUGCAGGUCAUUUUCAUCUGCGAAAACACACGAACCAACCAGGGAGCAUGUGCUGUUGAUGGAAUCGGACUUGUGGAGAACGAGGGACCACUGAAGACGGCUAAGCCACUUUGUUAG